AUUUUGGGUUAAGGAUUAAAUGAUACAUCUCUGUACCAAGGUUGCAAUGCUUAAUUGUACACAAUCCCCAGCUUAUACUCGACUACUAUCUGCCUUCGCAUAAUGCGAUGAGUGACACUCCUCGAUUAAGAUCUGCCUUCCCCCAAACGCCAAAAACGUCUGAAAGGACCCAUGGGACGAAGCAUUCAUAUGAUAGUGUGUUAUCACAGGACGGCACCCGAUCGCAAACUGCUCCCAAUAAACCCCAUCCAUCUGUCCAGGGCGAUGGCCAAGAUGCGAAUAUUCCCCUAAUAGCAUUCGACAUCAUCGACGCCCCAUCGCAGCGACUUUAUGUUGCAGCCUUCUAUGUCUUCCUGAAUGCAUGGCGUCUGUAUGAAUACUGGGAAUCCUCGGAUGACCUUGACUCAACAUGGCUUUUUCUCAAAUGGAUCUCGAUCGACGCGGCUUUUUUGUUUGGUCUUCCGGCUCUAAGAAUACCGUGGCUGGAAUGGGCAUUUUCAACAUCGCUUGCCGUGUUCCUACUGCAUGCGGUUGCGAAUGUCUUUUUGAUGUUUCACAUUCCAAUCCCGAUCGAUACGUGGAUUGCAGCCGUGGUAAAACUCGCGUAUGAUAGAGAACUGUCGAUAUCGGAACGGAGAGUGAAGCCGGCAGACAUUCUACACAACUCAUCCCUCAUUUUGGGAAAGCAAAUUAUACACAUUCUUCCGGAGGGGUCUGCGAUUUUAAAUCCACAGCGGUAUCCGUUUUGUUUAGACGAGUCACAUCCUACGGUAACUCUUCCAAUUCGAAUAAAUCAAACGACCCCAAUCGCAAUUGAGUUGUUACGAUUUGAUCUCGAAUCUGGCGAAAAUGAGACAAUUUCAAUCUCCCAAAGGCUAGCAAAACAGCUAAAGCGACAAGCAGAUAAGUUUCACGUAAAAUCGGAUCAGUUCAGCCCCCGGGAUUUACUAUAUACUGUUAGGAAGCCUGGGAUUUAUCGGCUUCAGAGAGUUAUAGAUGAAUCAGGCCUUGAAGUUCAUCGCAAAUCCCAUGACACCCCCGUUGUUACUUGUCCAAGGGCAAUUAUUCGUGAAUCUGCAGUUCAUAAAUGCAAAGGCGAGCUUUCAAAUCUCACCUUGGAAAUCCAGGGAACCCCCCCCCUAAAGAUUAAGUAUAGGCGUAUGCUUAAUGAUGUUGACCACGGGGUAUCUUAUCAAAGCAUUCAGCCCGAAAGUCUUGUCUCCCAUCCUGUCGGCCGAACGUAUCUCGAUCACCCUGAUAGUUUGCGGGCUAGCUCACAGACCAUCAGUAUUCCAUUAAACGAAUCUCUCAACGCAGGAGGCGAAUGGAUUUAUGCGAUUGAUGAGGUACAAGAUACUUAUGGGAAUAUUGUGAAUUAUACCAGUAUGCGAAUCGGUGAUUCAGAUUCGACAAGGGAUGGUCUUCAAUCACGGCGAUUUUUCGUCCAUGAGCGACCUCGGAUUUCACUUGCUGGCUGCACUCCUCAAACCUUCCUUAAAGCAGCGAAAGGGGACUCAAUCGCACUCCCAGUUCAUAUCCAUUCUUCUGGACGUUCCCAAGCAACUGACACCCCUUUUACCAUUGUCUACUCUUUCAGCGAUAAGCCUCGACAAAGCGAUCACCUUGCACAACCAGAAUAUCACGAAGUUGUCCUGAAAAACAUGGAUGAUAAGCCGCGCAUCAAGGAACAAGGCUGGUAUGAUAUCAUUAGCGUCUCCAGCCAGUUUUGUUCAGGGGACGUACUCGAGCCGUCAUCAUGUUUCCUCCAUAAUCCACCUGAGCCCCAGUUGUCAAUCCGCAAAGAGUAUGUCUACGAUCAAUGCGCGAAUCAUUCAGUUGGGCUUUUGAUAGACUUGGACGUUAUCGGCACUCCUCCUUUUAAGAUUCGUUAUUCCAUCGAACAUUCUAAGGGGAUACAGACGAGAAUCCUCUCUCUUGACAGCCUGCGGGGUCACCUUGAAUUAACUCCUACCGAGGCAGGUCGAUACCGGUACCAAUUUCUCGAUAUAUCUGACCUUGUGUACGAAAGUCGGUCGCUGAAAGAUAAAAUACCGACUUUGGAACAAAAUGUGAAGCCUCCAGCAUCCGCUCACUUCGUGGGUCCUGUCACAAGCCGGAAGGCAUGUUUCGGUGAACCUGUUGCUGUGGAUAUAAUUUUCUCCGGUGAACCUCCAUGGGACCUACAAUAUGAGCUAAUUCACGACGGCAAGAGGCUCAAAUAUGAUUUUACAAGCACUGCUGAGGUAGCAACGUUAACAACCGAGCAGCUUCUUAAAGGUGGUGAUUAUAUUCUUGGCCUCGUGAGCGUUACCGACAAAUCGAAUUGUAGGCGUCCCUUGAACGAGGAAAUUAGAAUUGAAGCUCGUCUGAAGAGGCCUAGUGUUUCCUUUGGUCAAGUUGAUAAAAAGCGGGUUGCCUUUGCUUUAGAAGACAGAAAGGUUGACCUUCCCCUAAGGCUGGAGGGAGAGGCGCCAUGGAGAGUGAGGUAUCGGAAUACCGACAAGACAGAGACAACGCCAGUUGAAAAGGUUUUUUGGAAUGAAAAUAGUGUGAUACAAGUCGACCAGGCCGGAAGAUAUGAACUCCUGGAGGUCAGUGACGCCACUUGCCCCGGAUCCGUUGACAAAGCUGCACAGCUAUUCAAUGUUUCUUGGAUUCCUCGACCUGUCAUCGCCUCAAUUGAUGGCAACUUGCUAGUGAACAGAACUCUUCUCAGGAAGGGUGACGUCUGCGAGGGCGAUGAAGAUACGAUGGAUAUACAGUUCAAAGGGAGUCCACCUUAUAGUGUGAGAUACGAGCAGCAGCGCAAAACCAAGUCUGGUGUUACUUCACGCCCGAAGAGUUUGACUGCGGCUUUGAAUUCCGCAUCCAUACGCAUGGAAACUUCGAGGGCUGGGGAAUAUUUGUACAAGUUUACAGAUAUUGGUGACAACUUGUAUAAUUUUGAACCCAGCAAGUCGAAUCAAUUUACGGUUUCUCAGAGGGUCAAUCCCCGCCCUUCCGCCCAAUUUCAAUCUCCAAACCGUAUAUAUGGAUUUUGCAGAGAAGAAAGCGACGGAGAUGAAAGUAUCCCUAUAAUCUUGGAAGGGAUUCCCCCGUUUGCGAUAGAGAUCGGUGUCAGGCACCAUUCAAAUUCGAAAACUGAUAUCCUUUCUAUUCCGAAUGUCAGUUCCCGUUUGUAUAAUCUACCUGUCCCUCGGCGGUACCUUGAUUUAGGCCAGCAUGUGAUUACGAUACGUAAAGUGCGAGACGCGCGCGGUUGUCUUCGCACGACAGAAUAUGAUGGCUCAUCUGUGAGGGUCACAAUAUCCGAUGUUCCUACCAUCAUUCCGCUGGAAUCUAAAGUGGACUAUUGUGUCGGUGAAAGACUUUCCUUUUCGUUGUCUGGACAUGCCCCGUUCGACAUUUACUACACAUUUGGCAGUAUAAAGAGGAAAGCAACUAGCCAAACAACAAACUUUCGUCGAAUCGCUGAAAAGUCGGGCGAGUUCACCAUUACCGCUGUGAGUGAUAGUGCCAGCGGAAAAUGCAAAGCCCAUAAGAGCAUAACGAAAAUUAUUCACGAUUUGCCGAGCGUCCGAAUGAGCCGGGGUAGGACUUCUGUCAUCGAUAUUCAUGAAGGAGGGGACGCUGAGAUCUUAUUUGAGUUUUGGGGAACUCCACCAUUUGAAUUCACCUAUACCCGUAGCUCAAAUGCGGGUAAGGGAUCCAAGCCACAGGUUUUGGAUACGAAGCAUGACGUAUCUUACGAGCAUACCAAAACUAUCCGCGCGUCUGAUGAAGGCACUUAUGAAGUCGUUUCUAUUAAAGAUAAAUUUUGUUCGUUUUCUAUUUUGAAUGGGGGAACAGUCACGAGAAAGCGAUGA